AGUAUACCUGUAUAGGUUGGCCAUUUGACCAACAGACUGACCAGAUUGAAGAAUUCGAAUAUGGAGCAGUUUUGUGUACGUUACAUAAACCAUGGAGAUAUUCAUAUAGGACUACUACGUAAGAGGGCAGACGACAUCAGUGUUACAAUGGCAGACUCCGAAACACAGGCAGCUCUUGAAGACGUUGUAAAAACCAUCGGCGGUGUGUGGGUCCUCGUCAGAAACGAAAAUCUGGACGAAUAUCUGAAAGAAAUCGGUGUGAACUUCGUACUAAGGAAGUUAGCGGCAGCCGCUAGUUCAACUAUGACCAUCACCCGCGAAGACAACAAGAUUCGAAUCGUCACCAAAGGUCCCAAGGACACUGACGUCAGCUUCGAACUCAACAAAGAGGUGGUGUCACAUGACCCUAACGAUAACGAAAUGAAGGCUACCGUUACCUGGGACGCAGGCAAACUCACCACAGAUUCCAGUCCCACGGAGGGGUCAAAGGGCAAGGCAACAUUAGUUGAACGAAUGAUGGUAGACGAUCAGCUGAUAAUGAUCGUGAAAGUGAACCAGGUUGAAAUGAGGAGGAUAUUCAAGAAGAAGAGUUAAAGAUGGCAACGCUUAUGAUGACUUGAUCACUUUAGAAAUUGGAACUAUUUUUCUACAACUAGCAUGCACAUGUGAUCGGAGACUGGUCCCACUAACCCGACCCCCAACACCGAAAUGUCUUUUGAGGGUUUGAGGGUGGCGGAGUUUAUCACGGAGGGAACAAAGACCAAUUUGUUAAAUCAAUAUCGUUGUUUUUGCUGAUUUUAUUUACACAGAUUAAAGUUGUGUUUGUUUUAACAAAAAAA